UCUAUUUAGUAGAAAAAUUAACAUGGCUUGAGCAAUAAUAUAUAUAGCUAUAUUAUAUAAUUUUCUGAAAUCCACGCAAAUAUAUUUUUUAUUGUUAAUUAAGUUUUGCGUGUUUAAUUUUAUUUAAUAUUUUUUAUACAGUCCAGUCAGUUGCAACAACAAUUAAAGCAGCAGGAAAUAACCAAGUACACAUGCAAUUGACAAUGAGGAUUGCAAAAGUUUUAACUAUCAGAAACUGAAGAAGGAAUUGAUAAUUAGCAGAUAGCAAAAAUGCGCAAAAUUACUGAUUUAACAACUCUUUUAAAGUAAUAGUAAGAAUAAUGAACCAUAAUUCUCGUGGGAGAAAGAUUAUGGAACUAUUGAAAAGUUCUAAAAAAGAUUCUACUACAGAACCAAAUCAUACAAACAGCAAGGAUGUUGAAAAUGAAGAGGAUAAUGGAGAUGACUUGCGUUUCGACGAAGAUAAUGAUGAUUCUGAUCCGGACAAAAAUUAUGAAACUGCAAGCUCUGAAACGGAUUCCAGUGAUGAUGUCCCUGUACUUAAUGAAAUACAAAAUGAGGUCAGUAGAAAUAAAACUAGUGCUAAAACAAACUCAAAUGGACAUGAGCUACGUUUACUUGAGGAAGACUUAAAUUUGAUUGCAGAAAAUCAAGUAGGCCUAGAUUUGCAAGGAACAGUAGGCGUAAGGAGAAAAGUGAAAAAUAAAUCUAUUUCUACAGAUAAGUAAAAAACGUGUCGUUCAUACCAGUGAAUGGGCAUGUAAUAUUCAGAAACGUAAAUAUUCUGCAGGUGAAGAAUAUAUUAGUAAAAAGGGUAAAGUUGUCACUGCCAGAAUUAUUAAACCUCCUUGUUCUUGCAGACUGAAAUUUUCUGAAAAAUUAUUACAAAGUGACAAACAGGAGAUCUUUAAUGCAUACUGGAGUAAGGAGAAGGGAAAUGACAUAGAACGGCAAUUCAUUGUUUCAUGUGUAAAGAAGCAUAGUACUGUCCGUUCAAGAAAACGAGACCUUGCCUCCAAUAAGUCAAAAAAAAGUACUCUACUAUAUUAUUUUACAGUAAAAGGCAUACGAA